AUGGACGACGACAACACAUUGCGAACAGCAACAAUGAAGGUAGCUUAUGUCGGUAUGGAUGAAUAUAAUGGAGGUUUUUCAUGGCCACAAACAAAAAAUGAAAAUUACAAUACAUUUGAGGAUAACCGCAAACAUCAGAAAGCUUCAACUAAUAGACCCGCAAAUAAGAAACGUCUUAAUGGUCUAUAUGUCAAGGAUAGCAAAAAUGGUGAAUUACGUUUCCUCGCCUCAAACAGUCAAAUCAAUCAGGUCAUCAACCAAAAACAAGAAUUUUUGGAACAGUUGAGACCUACAACAACUACUGGAACUGGAAACGGCGUUAAUCCGAUUAUUAUUAACACUGCCACGGUUGGAGCAACAGCAACCGCAACAGGAACGGGCACUGGUACCGGAACUGCAACCACACCUGUAACAACUACUGGUACAACCGGGGGUACUGCUGUUGGUGGUGGCGGCGCAGCCAAUAAUAACAUCCCACCCUCACCAAUCGCUGAUCUUUUGCCACAAAUUGUUGCCCAGGCCGCAUUGACAAGACGUCGUCCUGGCAAUAAUCGUCGUCGUGUGGUAAACAAUCGUCGACGUGUUGUAAACAAUCGUCGUCGUCGUCCCGCCAGACGUGGCACCAAGAAGGGGCCACAAAUUUUUGUUGUCAGAGCCGGUAAUUAG